GCAGGAGCGCGGGCGGAGCUCCGCCCACGCCCGCCCGGCGCGCCGCCUGCGAGGCGGUGACUGGCCCAGCAGCUCCGCUUCCCCACCGCCCCGCAGGCCCCGAGUCCUCUAAUUCCCAGCGCUGCCAGCUCCCGAGUCCCGGUGUCCCCGCUGUGUGAGAUGACGCUCAAGGCCAGCGAGGGCGAGGGUGGGGGCAGCAUGCGCACGGCCCUCUCUGACCUCUACCUGGAGCACUUGCUGCAGAAGCGUAGCCGGCCGGAGGCUGUGUCACACCAGUUGAAUGCUAUAACUGAGGACAUGUACACCAAUGGUUCUGCUGCCCCAGGUAGCCCUGCCCAGGCCAAGGGGCAGGAGGUGCGGAAAGUACGACUCAUACAGUUUGAGAAGGUUACAGAGGAGCCCAUGGGAAUCACUCUGAAGCUGAAUGAAAAAAAAUCCUGUACAGUGGCCAGAAUUCUUCAUGGCGGCAUGAUUCAUAGACAAGGCUCACUUCACGUGGGGGAUGAGAUCCUAGAGAUCAAUGGCACAAAUGUGACUAAUCAUUCAGUAGAUCAGCUACAGAAGGCAAUGAAAGAAACAAAAGGAAUGAUCUCAUUAAAAGUAAUUCCCAGCCAGCUAAGUCGUCUUCCUGCACUACAGAUGUUCAUGAGAGCUCAGUUUGACUAUGAUCCCAAAAAGGACAAUCUGAUCCCUUGCAAGGAGGCGGGACUGAAGUUUGUUACUGGGGACAUAAUUCAGAUCAUCAACAAGGAUGACAGCAAUUGGUGGCAGGGGCGGGUGGAAGGCUCCUCCAAGGAGUCAGCAGGAUUGAUCCCUUCCCCAGAGCUGCAGGAAUGGCGAGUGGCGAGUGUGGCCCAGUCAGCUCCACCUGAGGCCCCAAGCUGCAGUCCCUUUGGGAAGAAGAAGAAGUACAAAGACAAAUACCUGGCCAAACACAGCUCAAUUUUUGACCAGUUGGAUGUUGUUUCAUAUGAGGAAGUUGUUCGGCUGCCUGCAUUCAAGAGGAAGACCCUGGUGCUGAUUGGAGCCAGUGGGGUAGGUCGCAGCCACAUUAAGAAUGCCCUGCUCAGCCAGAAUCCAGAAAAGUUCGUGUACCCUGCCCCAUAUACAACACGGCCGCCAAAGAAGAGUGAGGAAGAUGGGAAGGAGUACCACUUCAUCUCAACAGAGGAGAUGACAAGGAACAUCUCUGCUAAUGAGUUCUUAGAGUUUGGCAGCUACCAAGGCAAUAUGUUUGGUACCAAGUUUGAAACAGUACACCAGAUUCAUAAGCAGGACAAGAUUGCCAUCCUUGACAUUGAGCCCCAGACCCUGAAAGUUGUUCGGACAGCAGAACUUUCGCCUUUCAUUGUGUUCAUUGCACCUACUGACCAGGGCAUUCAGACGGAAGCCCUGCAGCAACUGCAGAGGGAUUCUGAAGCCAUCCGCAGCCAGUAUGCUCACUACUUUGACCUGUCACUGGUCAACAAUGGCGUUGAUGAAACCCUCAAGAAAUUACAAGAAGCCUUUGACCACGCAUGCAGUUCUCCACAGUGGGUGCCUGUCUCCUGGGUUUACUAAGUUCAGAGUGUACAUACCCUUAUGCUCCUCUCCAGCAUUUGUAACUCCAUUCUCCUUGCUUUAAGACAGAGCUGCUCCAACUAGUUUUGAUUCAAGCUUCCAGCUCUCCGCAACUACCCUAAUUAAGCUAAUAGGAUUCAGUCUUCUUGGGCUGGGAGUUGAUUUUUCUGAUGGGGCCCCAUUAAUCUGGAUUUCAAAAGAUCUCUCGAAAUUGGGAGUAAGCAGUACUAUCAGAACAUAACUACUAGUCCGGGUGUGGUGGCUCACACCUAUAAUCCUAGCACUCUGGGAGGCUGAGGUGGGUAAAUUGCCUGAGCAAGAAUGAGACCCCAUUUCUAAAAAUAGCCAGGCGCCUAUAGUCCCACUUACUUGGGAGGCUGAGGCAAGAGAAUCUCUUGAGCUCAAGAGUUUGAGGUUGCUGUGAGCUGUAUGACGCCAUGGCACUCUACUGAGGGCAACAAAGUGAAACUGUCUCAAAAAAACCCCAAACUGCUAAUCAAAGAUGAUGCACAAAAAAAACAA